CUUGGUGCAUUCCUCUGGCUGCUGCGUGGGAAUCAAAGGACGUCUGGAGCGCGCGACACCAGAGGGUCUGCGAUGGCGGCAGAGGCGAAAGAGACCUCGGAGGCUACAACCUCCGCCUCUAGUCGCGAUGACAACGCUAAUCCCAUCAACCCUAAUCCCAUCGAGAGAGGGACAGAAGGUGCGUGGAGUGGUAGUGGUGGAGAAGAGGAGAGAGAGAGUGGGCAGUUGGUGUGGGGGGCCCACGUGGAACGCGACCAUUCAGAUUCAGGCGAUGGAAGGGAUGAGCAUGCAAGAGAAGCGCGGGAAGACGAAGACUGGACAAACGACCAUGAGAGAGAGCAAAAGACUGCCGACAGUCCGUUUGGGGGUAAGGAAGGAGUAGAGGGCGGGGUCGACCAGGGUGUGAAGAAGAAUGCUGCUGCCAUGAAGGGCGGCGGCAGCGGUGGAGGAGGAGGGGGAGCGGAGGGAGGAGUAGGGGUAGGAGCAUCGAGCAAAAGGGGUCAACAACGUAGGGGUGCACAGGAUGCCAUGAAAACGACAGGAAAAGGGGGUGAAGGAUGGGGAAGGGGAGGGGCAGGCGGUGUAGGCGGCGCAGGUGGACAGAGAGGCUUGACAUCAAAGUGGGUGCCCAAGGAAACGAAAGGGAUCCCGACGAACGAGCAGAUAUCCACUGAUAUGACAAGUGUUAGGGCGGCCGAGAACACGACUGAUCAGCAGCCUUCCUCAGAAGAAGACGUCAAUUCUCCGACGAUAGAUCAAACAGGGAUAGAAUCCCCGUUCCUGCCAGCAAUCGUCUCGGCUAGCCGGAAGUAUACGAGUUCACAGAUGCAGCAGAUGGCCACAAAAUCUCUGCCCGAGGGAUCUCAUUUUCAGGCAUAUGCUGACGGGCAUGGUGGAUCCUUGGAGCAUUACAAAAGGGUGAUCAAAAGACUUGAGCAAAAGCUUCGCACAGAGAAAGACAUCCAUCAGCAAACUUGUGAGCGGGAGCGGGAUACUGUCAACCGGCUCAACAGAAAGAUCAUGAACCUGGAAGCUGCGAUUGAGGAGAGAGACCAUGAGAAGAGGCAUAGAAGAGGAGGACAGAAACGGGAGGAGAAGAGGAGGACAGAAGUGGGAGGAGAAGAGGACGAGAGGGAGCAGGAAAAGACGGUGAUGAGGAGAUGUAGAGGAGGAGGAGAGGAGGAGGAGAGGGUGAAGAGGAGAGGAGGAGGAGAGGAUGAAGAGGAGGAGCAGGAUGAGUAAGAAUUGCAGGCAGGCUUGGAGGGAGGAAGGUCUGGUGGAGGAACUUACCUGGCUAUGGAGGCGCUUUGGCGAUGGAG